CGAUUCGAUUCGAUUCGAUUUAGCUCGUUUCUAUCAGUCAGAGUCUCGUUGCGAGGGAAGAUCUCGCGUUGCCUCUAUAAGCCAUGAAUCGUCGUAAUCGUGGCUCUUCUUCUUCUUCCUCUUCGUCUAGGGUUUCUAGUUAUGGGAAUCGUCAGUUCUCUGAUAACCGGAGGACUCAAUCCGGCGGCGGAGCUACUGAUUAUUUUCGGAGAAGAUCCGAUGUACCAGUCAAACGAAACAAUGACAAAGACGAAUCAGACAAUAAGGGCGAAGAUCAUACUGACGUCUCCUUCAUCGUCGGAACUUGCUCUUCCAUGUGUCCAGAGAGGGAAAGAGUCACAAGAGAACGCUUGCGUGAUCUUGCAGUGUUUGAGAGGCUUUAUGGAAACCCCUCAAAAUCAUCUACAGACCUAGCUGUUAAAAAGUUUUGCAGAACCCUUUCAGCGGCGGAUGUUCAGGCAUCGGAUGUUCGACCGCUCCCAGUGUUAGAAGAAACCCUGAAAUACCUUCUAAGUUUGCUUGACUCGAGGGAGCACCCGUUUGAAGUGGUUCAUGAUUUUAUUUUCGAUAGGACAAGGUCUAUUAGACAAGAUCUUAGCAUCCAGAAUUUAGCCAAUGAGAGAGUGAUCUACCUUUACGAGGAAAUGGUUAAAUUUCAUGUCAUAUCUCACAAGAGGCUUCAGAGUUGUAGUGGUACAAGUAUUAGCCCAAUGCAUCACUUAAACAUGGAGCAGCUAGCAAAAACUCUUACCUCUUUGUAUAAUAUAUAUGAUGCAAAUAGGAAAUCAGAUUCCACUCACGAAAAUGAAGCCGAGUUCCGUUCACUGUAUGUGCUGCUUCAUCUCAAUCCCAGUAGCGGAGUGAUGGGGGAACCACUGUCUUUAUGGUUUCGCAAGUUGACUUUUGCUUUAGUAAAAUCCAAGGAAAUAUGUUUUGUACGAAACCUUUUAAGAUUAUAUCGGAUGGGCAAUUACAAGAACUUCUUAAGUAGAAUAGCUUCCGAGGCGACAUACUUACAGUAUUGCAUAAGUGAACCUCAUAUUAGAGAGAUGCGAUCAGUCGCUGUCCAAUACAUAAACAGUGUUUGCUACAAGCUGCAACCGUAUUCUCUCUUGCGGUUAUCUCAGAACCUGAUGAUGAAGGAGCUGGAUGUUGAAUCUUUAUGUCAUGGUUGUGGUCUUCAGACAUGUACUGAUUCUGAUGGGUUCACUGUGUUAACCACGAAGCAGUCAACCUUUCGUAGUCCAGAGGACAAGUUCAAAGUUUAUGAUUUGAUUGGAAUUGAACGGAUGAAGAGGUAGUUUUGAACCCCUGGCUCGUCGUUUAUAUGAAAUGGUUAAUACUCUCUUAUGACAAGAAGAUAUUGUAUUCUAACAUAGUUAAGUUAAUACUCUCGUAGUCAAGUAUUUGUUUUUGCACUGCUAUCCGCGUUUGUUACCUCCUUCUGAACCUUGAUGCCAAAGAUUUUUUUAUUUUUCAAGUACUCAAGAGUUCCUAAAUAUUUGUUUGAUAUUAAUAUA